AUGCCUUCAUUCAACAGAUCCACCACAGGAAAAGAAGUCGUCGCCGCAUUCCCAUCCAGUAUCGCCGGCAAAACAUUCAUUGCCGCCAUACGGGCCAUCGACCCCUCCAUUCGCACCACGCUCGUGCUCGUCGAUCUCGCGUCCCAGAGCUCCGUCCGCUCCGCCGCUCAGAAGAUCAACGACGAUGUUAGUAUUGGGCAGAUCGAUGCGGUGAUUAACUGUGCGGGAAUUAUGGCGCGGCCGAGCUUCGAGGUCACAGAGGGUAUUGAGGCGCAGUUUGGGAGUAAUCAUAUUGGGCAUUUCUUGCUGACGAAUUUGGUGUUGGGGAAGGUGGUAAAGGCGGGGCAGGAAGGGGGGGGGAAUGGCGAGGAUCUACGGGAUUUGAGCUGGGGCCGGUUAAGUUUGAGGAUUGGAAUUUCAAGUGCACGGGAGAGAGAGGGAAAGGAGUAUCAUGCGUGGUUGGCAUACGCGCAGUCAAAGACUGCAAAUGUGCUGUUUACGGCUGCUCUUGCGGAGAAGUUGAAGAACAAGGGUGUUCAAUCUUUUGCGCUCCAGCCUGGUCAAAACCUUUUAACCAUCCAUAUUGUUAUCAUGGAGACGAACCUCGGGAAACACGCCACGCCAGAAUCUUGGCAAUCAGUAUUGACGAUUGCGAACGAGACCUCGGGAGGCAAAGAGAUAAAAAUGGAGGAGCCAAAAACUCUCCAACGAGCUUCCACUGCGCUGGUAGCGGCGCUCGAUCCAUCGAUUGCAGAAUUCUCUGGUGGUUUCCUACAGGACUGUGUAUUACGUCCCGUGGAACAGGCGUAUGCUAAAGGCAAAGAAAAUGCGGAUAAGCUCUGGGUACUGAGUGAAAAGCUCGUCGGGGAGAAGUUUGAUCUGUGA